UUGUAAAGUGUCAACAAACGAAGAAGAGGAAUUUGAGCAGCAUUGGGCGCCUUUGGUACAUGAUUCACUGAACGUUGGUGAGCUCAUUUUCACGACUCCUGCAGCCUUCCUGACAACUGACUGACUGAGCCAUGAGUGAGUUCCGGAUCCACCACGACGUGAACGAGCUGCUCAGCCUGCUGCACCUGCGUGGAGGUGAUGGGGCAGAAGGUUACAUAGAUCUUCUACAGAAGCACAGGACACCGUACGUCACCACCACAGUGUCUGCUCACAGUGCCAAGGUCAAAUUAGCGGAGUUUUCUAAAACACCAGAGGAUUUCUUGAAGAAAUACGAGGAGCUCAAGUCUAAAAAUGUUCGAAAUCUCGACCCUUUGGUGUAUCUGCUUUCCAAACUCUGUGAGGAUAAAGAGACUCUUCAGUUUUUGCAACAGAAUGCCAAAGAAAGAUCAGAGUCGUCAGCAAACACAAAUUCAACGACAACUACCAGCUACACUCUCCCUCAGUCCAGCGCCAAGAUGUCCAUGCAGGAGUUGGAUGAGCUGCGGAAGAAGCUUGGCAACGUGACGGCCAGCUCCAACGCCCCACUGCCCGCUGAAGUCACCAGGAAGAUGUUGAGAGACAAACACAACAAGAAGAACCCCACGCAACCAAACCCUGUGUUCCCUAAUUGGGUGUAUGACCGUCCAGCCCUCAUUGGAGACUUCAUCACAAGCCCCACUGCAGCUGGAGACCUGACUGUAGCUGUUGGUACGCUGCCUCUGGCGACCCAGGAGCAGGCCCUGGUGGAGGAUCUGCUCUUUGUUCUGGUUGGAGUUGAUGGGCGGGACAUCACAGCUCAGCCCGUCCUGGGGAGGCAGAACCGCUCUUUCAUCGUUGAUGCGACACUGGACAUGUCCGUGAAGGAGCUGGUGAACAGAAUCCUUCCUGUUGCAUCGUAUUACUCCACUAUAACUCGGUUCAUCGAAGAGAAGUCCUCCUUUGAGUACGGCCAGGUGAACCACGCUCUGACGGCAGCGAUGAGGACCCUGAUGAAGGAGUACCUCAUCUUGGUCACUCAACUGGAGCACCUGCAGCGGCAGGGCCUGCUGUCCCUGCAGAAGCUUUGGUUCUACAUCCAGCCCACCAUGAGGACCAUGGAGAUCUUGGCGUCCAUUGCCUCCUCUGUGGACAAAGGAGAGUGCAUGGGCGGAGCAACGCUUAGCCUUCUGCAUGACCGGACCUUCAACUACACAGGUGACAGCCAGGCGCAGGAGCUGUGCCUCUACCUCACUAAAGCCGCCAGCGUGCCGUACUUUGAAAUUUUGGAGAAGUGGAUUUACAGAGGCAUCAUCAAGGAUCCGUACAGUGAGUUCAUGGUGGAGGAGCAUGAGCUGCAAAAGGAGAAGAUCCAGGAGGAUUAUAAUGACAAGUACUGGGACCAGAGGUACACCAUUGUACAGCAUCGAAUCCCCUCCUUUCUCCAGAAAAUGGCAGACAAAAUUCUGAGCACAGGGAAAUACCUGAACGUGGUGCGAGAGUGCGGCCGAGAUGUGACCUGUCCUGACGCUAAGGAGGUUCUGUACACCCUGAAGGAGCGGGCCUAUGUGGAGCAGAUUGAGAAGGCCUACAACUACGCCAGCAAGGUCCUCCUGGACUUCCUCAUGGAAGAGAAGGAGCUGGUUUCUCGUCUGAGAUCCAUCAAGCACUACUUCCUGAUGGACAAAGGAGAUUUCUUUGUGCACUUCAUGGAUCUGACAGAAGAGGAGCUGAAGAAGCCGGUGGACGACAUCGUCCCCCCCAGACUUGAAGCUCUGCUGGAGCUGGCUCUGAGGAUGAGCACCGCCAACACGGACCCCUUUAAAGACGACCUCAAGAUUGACCUGAUGCCUCACGAUGUGAUCACUCAGCUGCUGCGAGUGCUGGCCAUCGAGACCAAACAGGAGAAGGCCAUCAUCAACGCUGAGCAGGCGGACGCGGCUCUCAGCGGCCUGGAGGCCUUCUCCUUCGACUACAUUGUUAAGUGGCCGCUCUCGCUCAUCAUCAACAGAAAAGCGCUAACAAGAUACCAGAUGUUAUUCAGACACAUGUUCUUCUGCAAACAUGUGGAGCGGCUGCUGUGCAACGUGUGGAUCAGCAACAAAGACUUCAAGCUGUACUCCUUGCACUGUGCCAAAUGGUUUGCAGCGGCGUUCGCCCUGCGCCAGCGCAUGCUUAACUUUGUGCAGAACAUCCAGUACUACAUGAUGUUUGAGGUGAUGGAGCCCACAUGGCACAUCAUGGAGAACAACCUGAAAACAGCCUCCAACAUUGAUGAUGUGCUGUGCCACCACACCAGUUUCCUGGACAACUGCCUGAAGGACUGCAUGUUGACCAACCCGGAGCUUCUAAGGAUCUUCUCCAAACUCAUGACCGUCUGUGUCAUGUUCACAAACAGCAUGCAGCGGUUCACACAGACCAUGAGGUUGGAGCGUCUGUCUCGAGAGCAGGGGACGAUGGACGAAGCUCCAAGUCAGAGUGAAGCCGAGAAGAAGCUCAGCACAAAGUUUUCAGCCGAGCAGGUGGACGCUCUGCAGUCGGACGCCAGUUUUGAAGCCACCAUCAGCAAGUUUGACAGUAACUUCAGUAUGCUGCUGUUGGACCUGCUGGACAAACUCAGCAUCUACAGCACCAAUGACUGUGAGCACAGCAUGAUCAGCAUCAUCUACAGGCUGGACUUCAAUGGAUUCUACACUGAGCGGUUGGAGAGGAUGGCCAUUGAGCGCAGUCAGAAAGCAGCAGCAUAGUUGUCAUCUGUGUUUCAUUAGCUGUCAUACAGCAGACGCUAGCUUUAGCUGCAGACAGUUUGUACAGUCAGCAAGUACAUAAUGUGUAUAAACCGUGUCCUGGAUUCAAUAUUAUUGGUAUGUGCAAAUUUGUAUUUAUGCCUCGACUCUGUAGUUAAAAAGU